UUAGGCAAAUAUUCUUGUCAAGGAUGAUCUAUGUUGCUGUCUGGCUGAUUUUGGCCUUUCCCUGUUCGCGGAGUCGCAGGCUCUUGACAGCACAUCUAGGAUGAGCAGAGGAAGCGUGCGCUGGCUAGCUCCCGAGUACAUGGAUUCGACAUUAUUUGUCCAAUCAUAUCGCACUGCUAGGGAUAUUUACGCCUAUGGUUGUACUAUUGUCGAGGUAGGGCCAGCGGCACACUGUCAUCACACCCUUAUAACUUUCUUUCCAAGAUAUUUACCGGAAAGCCACCAUUUAGCGAGAUCAAGAGCGAAGCUGGUGUUAUACAUGAGGUCCUGACAAAACAAAAUUGUCCACUGAGACCACCUUCAAAUAUUUUCCCGGAUGAGGGACUAUGGUCACUCGUCAUGGCAUGUCUCAAAACUCUAUCGAGCCGGCGGCCAAAUGUGGAAGGGAUUUUAGAAUUCUUGAUCCAACUUCAAACAACCUCCGAGCCGGAUCUUGACAUUCUUGACUCUUAUUCCCCAAUCAGCCCGUUCAGCAAUCGUAAAAAUCCUUCACCGCUGUUGACUGCUCCGGAGAAUGUUAAUGGUAGCACGACCACAACUCCAAGCAUUGUUCCGGAGUAUCCAAACCGCGCCCAGGCGCUUUACCCGUAUGAAGCUUCACCGACUGUUCCCGACGAUCUCAGCUUCACCGCCGGUGAGAUUCUUUACGUUAAAAGAACAUCUCAAGAUUGGUGGGAAGCAAGAAAAAUAGAUGGAUCUAUCGGGACUGUGCCCUCGAAUUUUCUACGCCUCGUGCCACUGGAGAAGUUUUCAAACCGCGCCCAGGCGCUUUACCCGUAUGAAGCUUCGCCUGCUGAUCCUAACGAGCUCAGCUUCACCGCCGGUGAGAUUUUGGACGUUGAAAGGACAUCUGAAGAUUGGUGGGCAGCGAGAAAGAAGGAUGGAUCUAUAGGUGUCGUGCCCUCGAAUUUUCUACGCCUCUUGCCACUAAAGCAUCCACACCGUGCCCGGGCGCAUUACUCGUAUGAAGCUUCGCCUACUGAUCCUAACGAGCUCAGCUUCACCGCCGGUGAGAUUCUUCACGUGAAAAUAACAUCUAACGGUUGGUGGGAAGCGAGAAAGCUAGAUGGAUCUACAGGGAUCGUGCCAUCGAAUUAUCUACGCCUCUUGCCACCAGAGUAUUCAAACCGCACCCAGGCGCUUUACCCGUAUGAAGCUUCGCCUGCUGAUCCUAACGAGCUCAGCUUCACCGCCGGUGAGAUUUUGGACGUUGAAAGGACAUCUGAAGAUUGGUGGGACAGCGAGAAAGAUGGAUGGCUCUAUAGGUCUCGUGCCCUCGAAUUUUCUACGCCUCUUGCCACUGUGAUAUUACACAGUUGUCACCCCCACUUGCCAAACCCUAUCUACCCAGACCGCACCUUCCAGUGGAAAGGCGUCGUCGAUCAUCGAGCCCAGAAAAAUCUCUCGCUCUGCAAGAUCAGCGGUCUGCACGAAACCAGAAAGAAUACACCUCGAACCUUCACAAGCAAUUUGGGGGACUGAUAUUUACCAUGCAAAACGUGUUCGAAUGGGAGAACCCGGAGAUGGGAAUGUCCUUACUUCACCGCCAGCCAAGAUGUUGGCUCUCUGAUUGGAGGCGCC